AUGAUUGAAUAUUUAAAGAGACCUUUUGAAUGGUCAUUUUGGAGAAAAUGUUUGACAUUGGCAUUGGUCUAUGUUGACCAAAACUACUUUUAUCGAUUACAUUUCUUGUACAUUGUAAUGGUUGGUUUGUUGGGUGCAUGCGUCAUCAGUCUGGCCGAGAGAGACCACAGGUUCCUCGACUGUCUCUAUCACUCUUAUUCGGCGAUUACUUCGACGGGACUGGCGUCGAUCGAUAUGUCAAAGGUGUCGGCGUUUACACAGGUGGUCACCUUUGUCUUGAUGCAAUUGGGGUCGUCGGUACUACUGACUCUACCAGUCGUACUCAUUAAACGUCAUUAUCUCAGAAAGAGAUUUGCAAGACGACUUGAAAAGGCUCGUGUUGCAACAUCAUCCCUAUCCGACAACAACAACAACAACAACAACAACAAACCACGUAGAAAACAUAAACAAAAGGAUCCUGCCAAACAACCAUUACAAGGAACUGUAGACAUUACACCUGGAGAUGAUCAUGAUGAAGAGGAAGAGGAAUCAAUCCCAGCAACAAGAUACAACUCUGAACCAGAUGAUCAUAUUGGUAUUGGUAUUGGUAUGGUUAUUCAUCAUGAUCAUGAUCAUCACCAUGACUAUCACGAUGGUAUUGAUGUAGUUCAACAUCAUUUCAACUUGGAUGAACAUCGUAGACAUGAACAUGAGGAUCACCAUGACGAUGACGAUGAUCACGACAAUGAUGACGAGGACGACGAUUACAUUGACGACGAUCAAGAUGAUAGUAUGGUUGGACUAGAACAUAUAGUUGAUUCUCCAACAACAAAAGAGUCGUCUGGUGGAGUAUCAACAAUAACAACUUCUGCAACAACAGGAUUAGUCCACUCGAUUGAGACUAAUUUAGAGUAUAGGUCACUUGGAAAACUACUGUAUAUCAUCCCACUCUACCAAUUGAUAGUGUAUGCAAUAGGAUCUACUCUAUUAUACAUCCUCACAUCUGCAACCUCUGUGCAUAAUGUCAUGCUAAAGAAUAACGUUGCAUCUUGGUGGUGGUCUAUUUUCGAGUCAGUCUCUGCAUUUAACAAUUGUGGAUUCGUUCUCUUUACCGACAACUUGGUACAAUUGAAUAAUAGACCUCUCAUACUCGUAACCAUCUCCUUUUUAAUUGCUAUGGGUAAUACUUUAUAUCCAGUAUUUUUACGUAUAAUCAUAUCUGUUUUAAAAAAGGUUUCAAAAGAUCCAGUUCCAUAUGAACACUUGGCAGAAAACCCUAGAUCACUAUACACACAUUUAUUCCCAGUCAGACAAACCGUUAUAUUGACGAUUGUUUGGUGGGUAUUCACCAUCUCCCAAAUGUCAUUAAUGGCUAUCUUGGAAACAAACGAUAAGGCAUUUGAAGGUAUAUCUUCAUCAAAUACAUUCUUUAAUUAUUUCUUCCAAUCUGUUUCAACAAGAACAGCAGGAUUUAAUUCAGUUGAUAUUAGUUUAUUAUCAUCAUCGGUACUUAUAUUAUUUGUUGGAUUGAUGUUUGUAUCUUCAUAUCCAUUGGUCAUUUCUCUAAAGGGAUCGGCAGUCAAUGGAAAAUAUUCACAAGACACGGAACUAAAGACUAAAUCCGUCAUGAAGGAUAUCCUUAUUCGUGAUAUCUUUAUCAUCUAUGUUUGUAUCUUGUUGAUUGGAAUCAUUGAAGAACACCGAUUGGAUGACGCCGGUAAUCCCACAUUCACCGUUUUUCACAUCAUUUUCGAGGUUAUCAGUGCGUUUGGUUGCGUCGGUCUCUCGAUGGGCUUCCCAGGUGCCGUUUCAUUUUCCGCCAUUUUAAAGUCGUCUUCCAAGUUGGUCAUUAUCGUUGUCAUGCUCCUCGGUAAACACAGAGCACUACCAGACUCUAUCGAUACUGCCGUCGUCAUCAAAGAAAAGGCUGUCAUUUCAAAACUAUUCCUACGACGAAGAAAAGCAAGACAAUAUAUAUAUUUAUCUUUCUCAAAGAUUCAACAUAAUCAUUUCUACUACUACCUAUCAAACAAUCAAAAAUCAAAUCAUUUAUUUUACAUUCAUUAUCCAAUCAUGAACCCAUUAAUUAUCAUCUUUAUUUUGUGUAUCGUUGUAUCAUCUGUUUUUGCCAAUUUGUCUUGCAACAACCAAUAUGUCUUUGUCAACGACACCAAUUCAUUGUCAUCUUUUUCAUUGUUCGACCAUGUUGAACAACAAUCAAAUAUCAUCCAAAAUAAAAAUAUUUCUUUGUCUAUGAUGAUGCAGCCAUCAUCCGUUUCAUUGUCAUCUUUUAAUCAUUUUGAACACCCAAUCAUUCUUAACAAAAACAAAAACAACAAAAACAACACCAACUACAAUAAUAAUAAUAGCAAUAAUAAUAACGAUAUCGAUUCAUCUAUUUCACAAACCCAAUUUGAUUCAAAUCAUAUUGUUUCUCAAUGUCAUUUACCAUCAAACCAUACUUUUAUUCCUAUCUAUAACAACAAAAAAAAUAAUAACAAUAAUUUAUCUUUUAAUUCCUCAGUUUCAAUUUCUAUUCCUUUUAAUGUUUUGUCCCAAUCCCAUUUCCAGUCACCAUUAAAUCACUCAACCAACAAUCAUAUUAUUUUCUAUGGCGACAAAGAGGAGGAAGAGGAAGAGUAUGUUCAAUUGAACAGCAACAACAAUACAAUCUCAUGUUUCAACCAUGUUGAACAUCAAUUAAUUUCACACAAUAUUCACUUUAACUCAAGCCAUGUUUUGUUUAUCUCAAAUCAUUCAACAACCAAAAACCAUAUUAUUUUAGAGGAGGAGGAGGAGGACUUCAACAACAGUAGACCAAUUUCAAUCUCCUGUUUCAAUGUUAACCAUCAAUCAAAUCUCAUCUUAGAGGAGGAGGAGUCUGUUCAAUUGAACAGCAACAACAAUACAAUCUCAUUUUCAUAUUUCAACCAAUCAAUUCCCAUAGAUAAUAAUACUAUUUCAUUCUUCAAUGACCAUCAAUCAUCGAUUCCAUGUUUUAAAUCUAGUGAUUUAUAUACUCGUUCAACAACCAACAACCACAUUCUUGUAGAGGAGGAGUUUGUUCAAUUGAACAAAAGCAGCAUAAACAUCAUAAAUUCAUUAACAUGUUUAGACAAUGUUAAACAUCAAUCAAUUCCAAUUAAUAAUCAAUCAAAUAAUAAUAAUAACUAUUUUUCAUUAAUUCAAUCAUCAUCAUUGAUUUCACCUAUUCCAUUUUCAUCUGAUUAUUUUAACUCUUCAAACACUUCCACAUCAUCAUCAUCAUCAUCAACAUUAUAUUUAUUAUCAAAUACAAUUAAUUCAACAAGAUCAAAUACAAGCCCAUUUUCAAGAUACUCCAGCAACAUCUCAAGAAUAGAAAACAACAACAACGCGGUAACAAGCUCUGACAAUUUAAAGCAUUCUACUGAUUCCUCUUCUUUUAUUUUUAUAGAUACCAAAGUUGCCAACAAUUAUUUUGAUUCUCUCAACUGUUUCGGAACCAAUCAUUCAAAUCAUACAACAAUACAACAACAACAACCAUCAUCAUCACCAAUCAAUCAUGAUACAAUCCUCACCACAAUACACACUCACAAAUCAACUCACAAUCAAUAUUCACAAAUCACUCCACCAUCUUCAAAUAAUAAUAAUAACAACAAAAAAUAA